GGUUUCUCCACGUUAUUGACUAACACUAAAGUGUAUGCCCACUGCAGCUCGGUAACGCCUCUCGGUCGGUUUCAAAGUGCAACCCCCCGGAAGAUUAGAAAAGCUAUUUUAUGUUAAAGUUCGUCAGGUGAAAGGAGAAUAUUACUGACGAGCAGCCUUCAUGAGCUGCUCAUUUUUGUAGCUCUUACAGUUUUUAAAAUACUUUAUUUUGUAAGGAGAUCGUCUGAAGUUCUAGCUGAGGUGUUUGAAUUCAUAUUUCCUCAAAAUGAAACGAGAAGGUGGAACCAGCGCUGCUCCGGCUUCCUCCACAACCAAGACCAAAGAGGAGUCACACAGGAUGAGGGUUAUUUUCGUCGUUUAUAUUAUAGCAGUUCUGGACGUCACCUGGAUGUUCCUGUCCUUCUCUGUUACCCCAUAUUUGGCAAAGAAACUUGGCUUUGACACAUUGUGGUUUGGAUAUUUGCAAACUACAGUUGGGGUGAUACAACUGAUUGGAGGUCCCAUGUUUGGAAGAUUUGGGGAUCUGUUUGGAGCACGAGCUGCCUUGUCUUUGGCUUGUGCUGCAACCACAGUCUUCUUUGGGCUUCUGGCCGCGGCAAACCAUCCCUUCAUGCUUUUUGUCCAUAAACUACCGACGGUCUUCAUGCACGUCAUACCUGCAUGUCAGAUGGUGGUUACAGACCUCUCAGAGCCUGAUAAACGAGCCGACGCUCUUUCCAAACUGGGUCUGUGUUUUGGAAUCGGGAUGGUCGUUGGCUCCACAUUAGGGGGACACCUAAGCACACACUAUGGGGAGACGUUUGCCGCCUGUGUUGGUGCUGCAGGUAGUGCCUUCAGUUUGAUCCUCGUUUUAUGCUUCAUCCCAAAGUCUACCAAAUCUGAGGCCUCUAGAAGCAGCUCCAAAUCUGAGAACAAAAACCAGAAGGUAUUCAAUGUGGGUGAGAUCAUAAGGCUGAUGAAGUUUCCUGGAGUGAUGAGAAUCUUCCUUAUCAAAAUCAUCACAGGUUUGCCAUCAGGUAUAUUUCAGGUGAUGUUUUCCGUCAUUGUUAUGGACUUCUUUAAGCUGGAGGCUCAACAGAAUGGCUACCUGAUGGCCUACUUUGGCAUUGUUCAAAUGGUUGUUCAGGGAGGAGUGAUCGGUAGACUCACAUCCAGAUUUCCUGAAAAAUCCCUUCUUCUUUUAUCCAUUGGUAUUACUGGAUCUGUGGGACUGGCUCAGGCUUAUAUGCAGACUGUGUUGCAUCUCUGCAUCACCGUCACACCUUGGGUCUUUUCUCUCAGCUUGUUUAGCGUUAUCACCGACACCAUGCUCACUAAAAGUGUCCCUCCCUCUGAUACAGGGACGAUGCUGGGACUGUGUGCAUCUGUCCAGUCCCUGAUUCGGACCAUCGGACCGACUAUCGGUGGUUUCCUGUACAUGAACUACGGCCUCCCCUCUAUAGGGCUACUUGAGUUUUUUGUGAACCUUGUUGUGUUUGUGUAUCUGCUGUACCGACAACUCAAGAAGGCAGAAAAACAUAAAGAAUGAAUUUGCCAUUCACUCUUUCAAUGUUUUAUAUUUUAAGAACAAAGAACCAGAGGCAAAAAGAAGAACAUUGCUGUUUAGUCGUAGAAACAGCAGUUUAAUGUUAUGCUGUAAUUCUCCAUUCAAGCCAGACAAGUUUUAAAUCCAUGACUCUGUUGUUCAGGUAGAAUCCAGUAGAUGGCAGUAAAAUAUCCAAGUAAUUGUACAAGUUUCAGUUUGAGGUUUUCAUUUUCAAGGCCUCCCCUGAGAAUGUUUUAAAUCAUGAUAUUUGAAGUAAUUAAAGACAUCCCAGAUUUGUAUUUUUUGUAGAUUUCAAAAAAUGGCUUAUACUGUUAUGUAAUGGAUCUAUUAAAAUCAAAUUUUAAAGCAUUUAUUAAUUAAAGGCAGUAUUUUGAUAAACAGCUAUUACUGCAGCCUGCAUUUGCUCUACAAGAACAUCUGUUUCUAGCAAAUGCAUGCUUUAAAAUCACCUUUUAAACACUUAUGCAGCAUAGUCGUACUCAUCUUUAUGUGUUCUGGAAAAUGAAAGACUUUUAUAAUUUUAAAUUUGAAGAUCAAGUUAAUCUUGUAAACAACAACGCACAUAAAGUUAUUAUAGUUUUUUAUAAUCUCUCUUUGUUGUAAUACUAGUGUUUUCCUCAUCUGUUAAAUUUCAUUUGUGUGUGUUUUUUUUUUUUUUAUAAACUAUGUUAAAAGAUGUUAAAUGAAUUGCAGUACCUCAUGAUUACACCAGGGGGCAAACUUCUU